CGCAGGCUCAGAUGCGCGGGUCCAGUUUCGAGGCAAAGCGGCCAAAGGGCUCUUCCAGCACACAGUGGUUUUGUGGAGCAAAGGCCGCGCGAUUCCGCAGGCCCUGACCCUGCAGGGACUCAGGAUGGCCCUGGGCGCUUUGUCCGGGUGGAGCAAGGGGUCGCGUGCGGGCGGCUGCGCAAAUGGCCCCGCCGGCACCGCGUGGGCCCGGGUAUGGGGGCAGCCUGGGGAGGCAGCGCCUGCGGGUGCCGCCCACGCCGAGCGCUCUCUGCCUCCCCGAGCACUCGCUGCGGACUCCAGGGCACCGUGCACCGAGUGCCAUCCCUGCUGUGCGCACAGGGGCUCGGCUGGGCUCCCGCUCCCUCUCUCGGUGGAAUGAGCUGUCAGAGCCGCCUCUGCGCACUCCCGUGCUCAAGGAAUGGAAGCUGGGCUCCAUGCCCCGGGAAAAGGGUGUUUGGCGCCACCAGCGACUGGCAAACCGGUUGCACACCUGCUCAGCUGUCAAGCUCAUCUGAAGGACAAGUCCCCCGACCCCCAAACAACAAAACCUCCAGCCCGGCUGGAAGGCGGAGCUGUGGCUGCUCAUUUGCAAUCCGAGGUCACUGUGUGGCAGGGCCAGGAGCUGAGCUGGAGACGAGGGCGUCGGUGGCAAGAGGAGGGUUCAGGUCUCCCUCUGUUGUCCAAGGCUGGAGUGUAGUAGUGCUAUCGCAGCUGACUGCAGCCUCAACCUUCCAGGCUGAAGCGAUCCUCCCACCUCAACCUCCCACGUGGCUGAGACUACAGGUGCUUGCCACUAUGCCCAACUAAUAUUUGGAAUUUUCAUAUACAUGGAUUCCAGAGGGGUGACAGCGAAACGUGAGUGGGACCAUCCAGUUGCAGGAAAACAAGCUUAACACGCCCACUGAUUCUACAUUAUGCUCCCACCUCCCGGCAGCCUCUCCAGGCCCAGAACUUUCUCCAGUCAGCCUCUACAGACCAAGCUCAUGACUCACAAUGGCCUAUUUAGGCCCAUACCCUACAUUACGGCAGUCUCCGCAGAUGAGGCUACUGCCUCACAACAGCCUCCACAGGCACAGCUCCAUCGUUGCAAUAGCCUCUUUAGACCCAGCUCCUGCCUCCCAGCCUUCUCUCCAGGCCCUGAACUUUCUCAAGUCGACCUCACCAGGCCCAGCUCAUGCUUCUUUGCAGCCUCUCCAGGCCCAGCUCCUGCAUCUUGGUGGCCUCUCCAGGCCCAGCCUCUGCCUCCCGUCGGCCUCUACAGUCCCAACAUCUGCCUCACAGCAGAUUCUUCACGCCCAGCAUCUGCCUCACUGUGGACCCCCCAAGCCAAGCUCCCAACCUUUCAGCAGCUUCUACACACCCAGCUCCUGCCACCCAGUGGCCUCUUUAGGCCAAGCUCAUGCUUCACAAGGGGCUUUCCAGGCCCAACUUUUGUCUCAUGGCAACCUUCCCUGGCCAGAUUCCUGCCUGUCUCCCAGCAGCCUAGACAGGCCCAGGUCUUGCCUCACACUGGCCUCUCUACAUCCAGCUUAUGCCUCACGGUGGCCUCUCCAGGCCCAACUCCUGUCCCAGGAUGUCAUCUCCGGGCCCAAAACUUACUCAAGUCAGACUCUCUAGUCCCAACUGCUGCCUCCUGGUGGCCUAUGAAGGCCCAAAAUCUCCUCAAGUUGACCUCUCCAGGCCUAGCUCCUGCCUCCUGUUAGCGUCUACAGGCUCAACCUCUGCCUCAUGGGGGCUUCUCCAGGUCCACGUCUUCCUCUUGGCUGGGUCUACAGGCACAACUGCUGCCUCACAACAGCCUUUUUUGGCCCAGUUCCUGUCCAGCUCAUGGCGGCCAAUGUAGGCCCAAAACUUCCUCAAGUCAAACUCUCCAGGCCCACCUUCUGCUUCCCGGUGGCAUGAACAGGCCCAGCUUUGACUUGAGAACAGCCUCUGCAGGCCCUGCUCUUGCCUCCCAGGGGCUUUUUCCAGGCCCAGCUCUUGCCUCAUGGCAGCUGCCCCAGGCCAAAUUUCUGCCUGCCUGCCAGCAGCCUCAACAGGCACAGCUCCUCCCUCACAGUGGCCCAUUUAGGCCCAACUCAUGACUGUCGGGCCAUUUCCAGGCCUAGUGCCUGCCUCGUGGCUGACUCUUGAAGCCCAAAUCUUCCUCAAAUCAGCCUUUUGCCCAACUUCUGUCUACUGUCGGACUCUACAGGCCAGCCUCUGCCUCACUGUGGAG